CUCUCGCGCGUAUUAUCUGCCGCAAUUAAUUCUAUUCUGUCGCCUCUGGCCCUGCUGCUGGCAUGAAUUUUACUGAUUCGAAAAUAUACUUGUAUCUCACCAUUAGAUUCGAUAAUAAUUCUUUUAAACCAGAAUAAUUCAUUUGCUAAUGCUGGACAGAUGAUGAGGAACAAGAUGCAUUUGUGGCUGUGGUACGUUGCUUUAUCGUGUGUUUGCACGACGAUAGUUCUACUGGGAACAGCUGGAAAAGGUUUCGCCGAAGGAGGUGAAGACUCCGGCGAGCCAUCCCCGUCAACGCAGCCUUCGCUGCCGACCUGCCAACCGGAUGACUUUCAUUAUACCAUGACGGAAUGUGAUGAGAACGGGGUAAGGUGGAGAGUCCAGGUUCCUCAACCAGACAGGUGUAUAGGAGGUGCUCCGGCAGCGCCGACAAGAGCCGUUGACUGUGGAUUCUCUUGCGGAGCUGGGGAAUAUUUGAACAUUGAUUCAGGUAGCUGCAGGCGAUGCCCGAAAGGAAAGUACUCCUUGGGUGGAGGUGAAAAAUUCACAGAAUGGUCCGAGCUCCCUCCAGACUUCACCGUUUCAUCAAGUGCUUUCUACUUCACAGAAGACAACGAGCGUUGUAAUGAGUCAUAUUGGGAACCCAUCGGUAGCUUUGUAAGGUCUCCAGAUAGCACCUGUUCUUCCAAGCUUAUCUACACAGCAAACCUAGCCAAGGAGGGCUCGGUCAACUUCACCUACUCGCUCGCCACCGACUUCAACUAUUUUACUGUUGAGGUGCACAAUGAGCUGUGUCAGAGAGGUCAUAAAAGUGGAGGGGGUAGGGCAGUCACAGCUACGGGAGAAGGAGAGUGGAAGUCCGUGAAGCUGAGCCUUGAUGCCGGUCUUAACGUGAUAACCUGGAAGUCCGAAGGACUCUACAUAGGGACCGGUAUCAAGAUACCAAGAGUGUACAUCCGAAGUAUUGAGGUGAUGGGACUCCAGUAUACCUCGGACUGUACCAAGUGUCCAGCGGGUACAUUCGCUGCAGAGAAAGGCUCUUCCAGUUGUAGUGAAUGUCCAGCAAACACAUAUUCUGCAGCAGGAGCUUCAAGCUGUAGAGACUGCGAUACUGCCACCACGUAUUCAGUUCCCGGAUCAAGAAACUGCACCACAAGGAAGCCGUGCACUGAACAUGAUUACUACAAGAUACACACACCUUGCAAUGAAAACAACCAGACCCAGGUGAAGUAUAAAUGGAUUGAUCCCCAGUUGUGUAAUCCAAACGCCCCUCCACCAGUACAGCUUCCCAUCUCUGGUGAAUACCAGGCCUGUCCGCCCUGCAACCCUGGAAUGUCCAUUAGCAACAAGACCGAGUGCGAUUAUUGCCCUAGCAACCAGUUCAGUGAUGGGACAAAACCAUGUCAGGAUUGUCCUCCGAACACCACACCAGAGUACGGGAUGACCUUCUCCUACUGGAAUUCUCUACCGCCCAACAUGCAUGCAUCUUGCGUGGCUACAACAAACGACUAUGGCUGUGCCUCUCGAGAGGGCUGGGUCCUCGCCGAAUCCUACAUUCAUACUGGCCACGGCCACUCCGAUGAUGCCUACCUCAUCCUUGAUCUGGAAGUCGAAGGGUUCCUCAAGGAGGCCAGCUAUUUCAACGGAAAGGCGGAGGAGCUCGGUACCAUCUCCUUUGCCUUCAGUAUGGAAUGCGAAUCUGAGGAUUGUACCCUGUUCUUCCUGGAGGAAAUCAAUGAGGCCAAUGUGAUCGAGUACUGGAUGGGAUCCAGGGAGAGACAAGAAUACAGAUAUGCAGUGACCGUCCCUGGGAAGAGAGGCUUCACUUGGGCCUUCCAAAAGACGGAUGUGAACAACUUGGAUUAUGAUAACAACCACAGGUUUCCCAAUGAUAUUGUGAAAAUCUAUGAUAUAACGAUCACAAACACAGUGAACGGAGGAGCAGCAUCAUGCAAAGACUGCCCCCUGGGCAGUGACCAUACUGGUUGCAUUCCAUGCGAGCCUGGACAGUAUAUCGAUGAAAAUUCUAAGCGCUGUGAAAAGUGCCCCGAAGAUACGUAUGUUCGAGCGAGUGAUCCCGUCGGAAGGUCAGCAUGUUUGGAAUGCCCAUCGGGUCUGAAGAGCAAUAGGGGUGAAAGCUGCUACAGUAACUGCCAUGUCCGACUCAAUGAAAAACACUAUGACCUAGUCUUACUUCAAGGGCAACAAUCUGUAAUGUCGGGAGCAAGCUUCCUGACCGAAGGCAAUGCUUUUUACUUUCACUUCAACUUCAGUCUGUGUGGCAAAGCAGAAUCAAAUCUUGCCUCCUGCAUGGACAAUUCCUCCGCCAUUGGACAAGUUGCAGAUGAAGGGACGAUGGUGAAUUCCUGGGUGUGUCGGUCGAUGAUGAUGCCUGGCAGCGAUGACUCCAAAUACAUGACCGCCAUCAAACCCAUCAGCCUUGGAGAUACCCUACUUGGAAUCAACGAUGGAGAUAGCCUUGGUGACAUCACAGAUACCAUUAUUCUUCAACCGGAAGAAGGCCUCAAGGAUCUCAAGUUCUACUACCAUUCACCACAGACAACCAAAGCUUGCCCGAAUGGACGUUCAACCAUCGUAACGCUCCGCUGUGAUCCCAGUGAAAAAGAAACAAACAAUAUAGAAUUGCCUGUAGCUUGCCCAAUAGGAACAUGCGAUGGAUGUACAUUCCACAUGCUGUGGACAAGUCAGUACGCUUGCCCGGUCUGCACCGAUGAUGAUAUAGUUGCUAUUAAACAGGAGUGUAAGCACGGCCAUCAGGUCACCAAAUAUGUUUGGAAUGAUACGGCGAAAUGUGUUGGUGGUAUCACGUUACCUGAAGACAAGAUAACAGAAUGCGUAGUACCCCCAUGGUACAGCCAAGUUCCUUUAUACGCCCAGGCGGCCAUAGCAGCCUUCGUAGGGUGUGCAAUACUCCUCUGUGCUAUGAUAGUCUGCAUUUGGAAGAAAAAUAGAAAACUUGAAUACAAAUACCAGAAACUGGUGAGUACAGCGUCGGGUGAGCUUCCUGCCGCAGACUCCUGCGCUAUCGAUGAAGACGACGAGGACGAGGUCCAGUUUGAGGAUGGAAGUAAGAACUCAAGAUCCUUCCUCAGCAAGUUCAAGUCUCGUGGUAGCUCAGACAAGCAAGGAUUACUGGAUGGGCCAGACAUGGAAGCCUUCCGUAUGAAGGAUCAGCCUUCAAUUAUGACUCCACUUUCCGAAACCACAUGAUGGUCGCUAGGUCACACAUUCAUCUCAUUUCUUUCACAGUAUUUUAGUUAGUUAGGUUAAGAUGUUAUUAUUGUAUGGUACUAUUUUGCACAUAGAAUAAAAAGAAAUUGUACUAAAUCUUUGUUUUACUAGUAGCAGUAAUGGUAUAUAGUACUAGUAGCAGUAGAAGUUGUAGUAGUAAUAAUAGAAACAGUUGAGAAGCAGAAGCAGUGAAGUGACUCAUUUCUAAAUUAUAAA